AUGCAGGUGGACGGUGUUCUCAACCCCUUUGAUGCCUUCGACUUAGGAUAUCCCGAUGCACAGGAAGCUCUGCCUUCACCGCUUGUCGGCGCUGGCCUCUACCAGCCCCCGAAAGUCCCGGUUGCGCCUCUCCCGACUUGGCAGAAUCCGCGCCCUCCACCUGUAGCCUUGGGCGGAACGUCUCCUGUUCGAAGACCGCCUUUGCGCCCAGGCUCACCCCCGUCGCUCGGGCCCUCCCCGGCGACACAGCCCGCACCGCCGCCCGUCUUCUACCCACGUCCUCACGCGGGCGUGGGUGCUUCUGCACUCCAACGUGUCAGUAAAGCACUGUUAGGUGUACCCUCUCAGGGACAAAAAGCGGCACCUCCUGUAGGCGGGUCGACACAAGACGAAGAGCUGCUUUCCCAAGUGAUGGACAGAUACGGAGAACCUAUUUUCAUUCGCUUUGAUAUGCCACACUACAAUGAAGAUGAUUCUGGUCCGCACUACAUGGGACAUUAAGAAAUACUGUAUUUUUAGUUGUACCAUCUGACCUGAGAAACUUUAAUUUCUAAAAACAAACUCGUGAGAACACAAUAUGCAAAUCUAUUGUGGAAGAACUAAACAUUACUAUUUUUUUCUUUAAUUCUAAUACAACGGGAGGAAAAAGAAAUGGUCUUCCACAAACAGAAUUUAUUAACUGACUAUUCGUCAGUUACAGCAUUACACAGAUAAACGUGUUUCGAGGUAUUUACCUCAACUUCAGUGUCAUCAACUAAAAAAGUAAGUAAGAUAAUGUACAACUAAUAAAGAAGACAAACAAUAUUAAAAAAAGUUUUUUAAAUUGAUUUUUAAAUAGUGUUUGUAUUCUUUAUUAGUUGUACAAUUUUAUGGUCACAUUUUAUAGGUUACCUUAAUAUCCUGUUG